AUGAGUUCAACCAAUUACAGAGGCGUCCUCGAUGUCGAGGCCACCAAAAGCGAUGAGGUUGCGAAAUCUUUCAAAAGAGACUUGGAGAGAAGCGUCACCGAAGACUUGAACAGAAGCUUGUCGACUCGGUUGAUCAACAUGAUUGCAAUGGCAGGAAUCAUCGGAACCGGACUUUUUUUGGGAACAGGUAAAACCCUUGCGGCUGCCGGACCCUUGAGCAUGUUACUCUGUUAUGCCAUAAUUGGUGGAAUUGUCUACUUGACGAUGUUGAGUUUGGGAGAAAUGGCCACCCUCAUCCCCGUGUCCGGGAGUUUCACCACGUACGCCAAACGUUUUGGUAGUGAGAGUUUCGGGUUUGCUAUCUUGGCCAACUAUUGGUUUAACGAUGCGAUUUCGGUAGCAAGCGACUUGACGGCUUUGCAGAUUGUAAUGGAAUACUGGACAGAUUUCCACGCCUGGAUUGUGGCGUUGAUCUUUUGGGUGUUUUUGUUGUUCCUUAACGUGUUCCAUGUGCGGUUCUACGGGGAAACAGAAUACUGGCUCGCUACUUUGAAGCUCGUCACCAUCAUCAUCUUCUUCAUUGUUAGUAUCAUUGUCAACGCUGGUAAAAAUCCUCAGCACGAGUACAUUGGCUUCAAGUACUGGUCCUUAGGAGAUGCUCCGUUUGUCAAUGGGUUCAGAGGAUUUGCUCUGUGUUUUGUGACGGCGUCAUUUGCGUUUGGAGGAGUGGAGUCGAUUAUGAUUUCAGGUGGUGAACUUAAAAACCCGGUGCGAUCCACUCCCAAGAUCGUUAAGAUCGUGUGGAUCCGGAUCUUUGUGUUCUAUGUGUUGGCAGUAUUCUUCAUCGGCAUGAACGUGCCAUACAACUACCCAUCAUUGUCAACAGGGGGCAUUAUUACCUCACCUUUCACAAUAGUUUUCCAAAUGGCCGGUGCGAAGGCUGCGGGUUCAUUCAUGAACGCAGUUAUCAUGACAUCGGUGAUAUCUGCUGGGAACCAUGCGCUUUUCGCCGGUAGCCGAUUGGCAUUUACACUCGGUACUCAGGGCUACUUCCCCAAGUUCAUCACUAGAACCAACCGGUGGAAAAUCCCAUACGUGGCGGUGCUUUUGACGUGGAUCGCUGGAGGUUUGGCUUUUGGGGCUUCAUUCAUUGGAGCCGGGACCUUAUGGACCUGGCUUCAGUGUAUUGUGGGAGUUUCCAACCAGUUUGCCUGGCUCUGUAUCGGUAUAACCAGUAUUAGGUUCAGACAGGGAUUGGCCAAACAAAACAAGACCCAUCUUCUUAAGUUCAAGAACUGGACACAUCCAUGGGGGCCAUGGGUGGUGGUGGUACUUGUGACCUUUAUUAUUUUCGUGCAAGGCUGGAGUGCGUUUGCGCCAUGGGACGUAUCGGCUUUCUUCCAAUCGUAUUUGGAGGUGGGUGUAUUCCCCUUCACGUUUAUUGUGUGGUGGGUGAUUAGAAAGGGAAAGGACAGGUUUGUGAAGAGCAAGGAUAUGGACUUUGAGACCGACCAGUAUGUGGAGACACAGGAGGAGAAGGAGCAGAACGCGUAUGCCGACAGCUUGACGGGCUGGGCGAAGUUCAAGUACAAUUUUGUCGAUAACUUUUUGUAA